GCUCCUCUGGCAUCGGCGGCCUGUCGAGCCCCUCGCAGCGCGACGACGCCGAGAGCGCGCGCAGCGGCGUCAGCGGCAGGUCGGCGGGCAGCAAAAGGAGCCUGACGGCGUUCGAGGAGCGGGUGCAGAGCAUGCGGGGGAACCUGCGGUCGAUCCUGGUGGCGCGCCGCGAGGACGGAGAGGAGGAGGCCGAGGGCCGCGCCGAGCGCUCUGGCCUGCACUCCGUCGACCGCAGGGCGGGAGCCGCAGAGGCUGCCGCGCGCCCAUCGGUGGCGGCGAGCCGCAUCCUCGAGGCGGACAGCGACAGCGGCAGCGAGCACUGGGACGGCAGGCACAAGCCGCAUGUAGCAAGCCCGUACCCAUAUUGGCUCAGGGCCACGCAGGCCUCGACUCACAAGGCCCAGAAGCUGAGUCACAGGUAG